AUCCACCGCUGGUGCUUCACCACAGAGUUUCCCCUCUCUUUCCAGAGCCUCUCUGAGACAGUGGAUGAGAAGGAGGUGUCUGCAGCAGCCCAGACUCCAGAGCAGACAGAUCUCUGCUACAGAACAGUGCCUGUGGAGAGGGACCUGGUGGACUGGCAGAAGCCCCUGCUGUGGCAGGUGGGCUACCUGGGGGAGAAGUAUGACGAGUGGGUGCACCAGCCAGUGGAUCGGCCCAUCCGCCUCUUCCACUCGGAUUUCCUGGAGUUCCUCUCCAAGACAGCAUGGUACGUGGUGUUCAUGGUGUGGACGCCCGUGGUGCUCUAUCUCAGCUGGGUCAGCUACACCUCCCUUGCUCAGGGCAACACCAGGCUCUUCUCCUCCUUCACCACAGAGUACUCCAUCCCCGUCCACAAAUACUACUUCCCCUUCAUCUUCCUCCUGGGAAUGGUCCUGUGGUCCCUGCUAGAGUACCUCAUCCACCGCUUUGUGUUCCACAUGAAGCCACCCGCUAGCAAUUACUAUCUGAUCACGCUGCAUUUCCUGCUGCAUGGGCAGCACCACAAGUCUCCCUUCGACAGCUCCCGCCUGGUGUUCCCUCCCGUGCCGGCCUCGCUGGUGAUCGGCUUCUUCUACGGCGUGCUGCGGCUGCUGCUGCCCGAGGUGCUGGGGCUCUGCGUCUUCGUCGGGGGCCUCUGCGGCUACGUCAUCUACGACAUGAUGCACUAUUACCUCCACUAUGGCUCCCCCAAAAAGGGCACCUACCUGUACGGCCUCAAGGCUUACCACGUCAAGCACCACUUUGAACACCAAAAAUCAGGUUUUGGCAUCAGCACACGCUUCUGGGAUUAUCCUUUCCGGACACUCAUCCCUGAGGAGACCUUCAAGAAAGAGGACUGACAGCCCCAGCCCAGAGCUCAGCUGCUGGCUCUGUGCCCCUGCACUGGUGUCCCUGCCCUGUCCCCUGCCUGGGGGCUGAGCCACAGAGUGACUCCAAGUGGAGCAUCCCUGUGGAGUGCUGUGGUCCAGCUGUGGCACUGGCAGGGGGACGGGGGGCUGAGGAUGGUGAGGAAAGGGGAGGAAGAGGCUGUGGGGUCCCCUGGUGCACCCCUGCCCUACCUCGCUGCCCUCCCGCUCCAGGCUAUGGAUGCACGGGCAGAUCUGCUGCCUGGAAGAUGAAGUGCCUGAUGCCACCCUCCCUCCCCUGCCCUGGCACCUUGCCAGAGCCCUCUCUCUCUGUCUCUCCCGGGCUGCCCUCUCCCCAGGGCACCCAGCACGCUGCAGUUGCCUCUAUUGCCUAACUCAUGCCGAGGGGAUUCCCUGCCCUAGGUCCUUCUCCCAGCCCAUCUCAGCACAGAGUUUUCUUGGCCUGCAGCCCUUUUGGGGCAGGUCCCACAGCUCUGGAUUGUGCCUUUUUCUAACCCUAUCUCUCUGCCAGAUUUAUCAAGUUCAUGGUUUUCAUAGACAUUGGCUACUUGAAACUCAAACUCCGAUGAAAAGAAUUACUAUGAGAUGCCUUUUUUGCUGAUCCUGUGAUUUUAUUUUUUAUUAUUUUUUUCCCUAAUGUUUACUGCAGAUAUUUAAAGGUUUGAAAUAAAUUUAUAUGUAAAACUGUAGACACUACAAUUGUAAAUAAACUGUAUAUUUUGAAAAAUAAAACUUUCUAAAAAGGGUCUGGGAAAUGUA